GUCGUGCUUUGCUCUGUAGGGUUUGGUAGCUCAGUCUCUGUGAUGGCAGUAGUUGAUGAAGUGCUGGUUGCUGGAGAACUUCCCUUGGAAGCUCACUGGGAAGGGCCAGGAUCAGCUCUAUCUGUUCCAUUUCAUAUGGUGAAAUGGAUGACUGGGACAGCAGCGAUGAUUUCAUUCAGAGGCUGGACUUUUCCAGUUGUGGAGAGGAGGGUGAAGACAGAAGUCUACAUGAGGAGGAUACCCUGAGCUCCAGCCCUCUCAGGAGCUGCAACUCCCAGAAGUGGCAAGGGGAGAGCCCUCUCCCUGCGACCCCUCACAGGAAGCUCAGUGAGAUUUUCCUGAGCAGAACAAAAGCCUGGGUGAGUCCUACCCUGAAGUCUUCCAUGGGUGUGACCAGGAGCUGUGGAAAUGCUGAGACACCGCUGCACAUCACCUGGAAGAAGCUGCAGCUCUGUGACACCCCACAUACUCCCAAGAGCCUGUUAUCAAAGACAGCUUUCCCUUCGUCUGGGUCAAAGGUCCCACCCAAAGGCUUCCGACAUCUGAGAUUUACUCCUGGCGCUGACUCAGAUGACUCUGCCCAAUCUUCUCUUGUCAAUAUUAAUCCCUUUACACCAGAGUCAUACCGGCAAAUGCUCUUUCUUCCUAAUGGCAAGCGGAAAGUGAGAGGAGACAUGAGGAAUUCUGAUCCAAGAAGCCAGUUAAAACAGGGUUUAUAUACCAAGAGAUGUCCUCUGAAAGAGAGCAAUAUGGUUUCCCGCUACAAGAAGGAAUUUCUGGAGCUAGAAAGGAUUGGUGUGGGAGAAUUUGGCUCCGUCUACAAGUGCAUCAAGCGCCUUGAUGGAUGUGUUUAUGCCAUCAAACGCUCCAAGAGGCCUCUGGCAGGAUCCUCAGAUGAGCAGCUGGCGUUGCGUGAGGUUUAUGCUCAUGCUGUCCUUGGACACCACCCCCAUGUUGUGCGCUACUACUCAGCAUGGGCCGAAGACGAUCACAUGAUUAUCCAAAACGAGCACUGUAAUGGUGGAAGUCUCCAAGAUGCACUGCUGGAAAAUGCAAAACGUGGACAGUAUUUCCCUGAAGCAGAGCUGAAGGAAAUCUUGUUACAAGUCUCUAUGGGGCUAAAAUACAUCCACAACUCUGGCCUUGUGCACCUGGAUAUCAAACCUAGUAAUAUCUUCAUCUGUCACAAGCUGGCAGUUGAGGGCCAUGCUGGGCAGGAGGAGAGUGACAGCGAAGAUGAAUUCUCUUCUGGUGUGAUGUAUAAGAUCGGUGACCUUGGCCACGUGACAUCAAUAACAAACCCCCAAGUGGAGGAAGGAGACAGACGGUUUUUGGCCAAUGAGAUUUUGCAAGAGCAAUACUGCCAUUUGCCAAAGGCAGACAUCUUUGCUCUGUCACUCACAAUAGCUCUAGCAGCAGGUGCAGGACCACUGCCUCACAAUGGGGCCAUGUGGCACCACAUCCGCCAAGGGAAUAUCCCAUUGAUCCCUCAGAAGCUUCCCAAUGGCUUUCUUGAACUCCUCAAGCUCAUGAUCCAUCCUGACCCAGUGGAAAGACCUUCUGCCACAGCUCUUACUAAGCACCCAGUUCUCCGUCCUUCACUUGAAAAAGCCGUGCAGCUUCAGAAGCAGCUAAAUGUGGAGAAGUGUAAGACUGCCAUGCUGGAAAGGGAAUUAAAAGCAGCCCGCCUUGCCCAGACCCUCAUGAAGGACAAGCCCUUAGGAAGUGCCAAGCUACCAGAGUCUGAAACCUCUUCUAAGCGGAACAGCAAGCGCCUGGUGGGAGGGAAGAACAGUCGCUCAUUUAGCUUUACUUUGGGUUACUGAAUUUCUGUGUUGUCCAAGAAAAUUCUGGCUGCUGAAUGGCCCUGUGAAAGCAGAGGGUCUGCCCAGACCAACACCCCAUAUUAGCUCUCCCUGUUGUAUUUCUUGUUUCCCUCAUUGGCUAUGAUGAGAUGUUGGCUGAGGAAAGGGAAGAAUGACUAGCUCACAAAUAUAAGGUGUGAUUUAAGAGUAUUUUCCUCAGUCUUACCUGUUAAUUUCUUGUGUAACUGGUCUUGUUCUAGACUAUUUUCCCAUACAAGGGGAAGGAUGGCAUUUACUUCUGCUUCCCUUUGUUUAGAUGGACCCUAUUAUUGAUAAUGUUUCUGUGGUCUUAACACUCUGGCCACCUGUGUACCUUUCAAAGGAAAUCUGGUUGUACAAGGAGUACAGCAUCAUUGAGGGAGGUGAGAAUAACAGAGCUUUAACUACAUGUCAGGAGGUAGACCUGUUACAUAGCAGUCCUGAUGGACUUAGGGUGAAUUUGGAGCUGCAUUUCACUGAGGGAGAUAGAGUGAAGGAAGUGCUUUUAGUUAAGUGGGCAUUGCUUGAGGAAGCUGAAGGAAACUUCCCCUCCCUUAACUUUCAGCAACAAGCAUGAAAUUGUGGAACUGAAGUCGAUAAGCUUUAGCAGAA